AUGAAGCGGGGGGGGGGGGGGGUGACUUUUAGACCGCGAGAGAUGCAAUCAUCGUUCAGGUAUCAAAUCCUCUGGCCACUUUCUUUCGCACCCCCAGUGAAACGCCAAUCCUACUAUCAUUCAGCUCCCCCGCCCCCUUCACUCCCUGUUUUAAUAUAUCACACCCAGUCACACAGUCACACAGUACGUGCAGUUACAGAACGCGCAGAAAUGGCUGACUUCAAGAGCCGCCUUUGCAUGGGAAUUUGUGCUUUGUUUUUUGGAAUUGUAGUGAUGGCAAUAGUUCUUAUAGCUACUUCUUUACGGAAAUUGGAUUCUGAUCAAGUCGGUGUUGCCUACGACACGUACCAAAAGAAACUAUCCCCCACCACUCGGAAAGCAGGCCUACACAACGGUCCCCCCGGUUUUAAGUUCAUCAAGUUCCCAAGUGUUUUCAAAAGCCUGGAGUUUGAUGACGAAAUUUGUCUUAAUAAGGAAGGAGUCGAGAUUGUCCUGCAGAUCGAGUUUCAGUACCGCGCCAGACCUCAAAAGCUGCGGGAAAUCGUCAUGGAAUUUAGAAACCACUCAAAUUACGUCGAGAUACUCAAGUUUUUGGCUCGCGCAAGCAUUCAUGACUCUUGCAGCCAGUUCAACACCAGUGAAUUCCAGACCCGGCGCUCUUUCUUCCAAGAAUUCGUGUACACAACAAUGGUGAAACGCUUCACUGAGGUCAAUGCCGACAUAACUGACCUACAAGUGAGUAACAUCAAGCGGCCUGAUGAGUACGAAACAGUAGUGAGAAACAAAGAAUCCGCCAAAGAAAACAUCAACAUCGCAAAGAACGAGAGACCGCGCGCGCUGAUCGAGGCGGAAACAAAGAAAGAAGAGGCUGUCACACAGGGCCGCAUCAGCAUCCAAACGGCCAACUCAGACAGCAGGGUCAUAUUGUCCAAGGCGGAGGCUGAAGCUGCUAGCAUCCUUGCAGCUUUAAGAGCUGAAGCGGAAGCGUACGCAAAUAUAAUACGAAGCCAGGGUUUGUCUGUGGAUGGCUUACUGUCUUAUCUGGGAGUACGCGUCCUCGCUGAAAAUAACAACACUGUGAGCAUUGGGUUCCCUGCACCCGCUGAUCUUUUCAAUAAAACUUGAUGGGACUGUGUCUCUUUUAA